AUGAUUCUGCAAGGACUGGGGGAGCCCUCUUUCCCAGCGGACCCUUCCUCCCCCAGCCCCGCCUUCCCUCCGAAGCUGGACUCCCCUACUUACAGAGGGUGGGGGCACCGGCCUUGCCUCCAAGCAGCGUCGGGGGCCGAGCCCCAAGACGAGGUUGGGGGGGCCCCCAAGGCUCCCCUAGGGCGGGCUUCUCUCUCUGGACCCUUCGGCUCUUGGCCUCAGGAAGGUCCUCCGAUCGGUGACCGGAGACAUCUGGGCGGUGGGAGGGGGCGGGGCCUCCGCGCACCGGGGAAGGGGGUAGGAAAAAUCUCCCACCACGCCCGCCAGGCUCCGGGUCGCGAGGGUCCGGAGGGCUCGGGGGCCCCGAGGCCACAGGUGACCCGGGCCGAAGCGACGCCGGUCCGGUCCGGGCGACUGAGCCAAAGUCGGAAGGCUGGGGAAGGCGCCGGGAUACCCUCAGCCCACGCCCGGCAUUCCCCCGGCUCCGCAGGGUUCGCGAUUCUCUCUGUCCAGUCCAGUUCGGCGUGUCUGGGCCCCUCCGGGGUCUGUCCUGCCCCUGGCGUGCCUUGCCUUUCGCGAUCUGGCACUGCCAGGCGUCCGGGGUGCACUCAGCCGGGACCCAGAAUGUCCGCGCUCCGGCCCGGGCGGCGUCUGGAGCGACCGCAGAAUCCGCUCAGCCUUAGCCCGGCAGUCGGCUCGAUCCACCGUGGGGAAAGUCCGGAUUCCUUCGAGUCCCGGGGGAGGGGCGGUAGCGGUGCCCUGGGGGACCCGGUGCCCUGGGGGACCCAGUGUCCAGCACAGCGGAGAUGAGCGCACGAGGUCUGGGGGGGCCUUGGCGCGGCGGGGCUAAGCAGAAGAAGCAAAGGAGAGCAGAGAAGGAGAGCGAGGCGCCAGGGAGCCGAUGGAGGAGGCGCGGCGGGCCCGGCCGGGCACACGGGGCGCUCAGCCUCCUCUAGGCUCCACCGCCUCCUGCGCGCUCGCUCACGGCUCCGCGCCUCGCGGCCCCGGGUGCCGGGCGGCUGCCAAUGGGGCAAAGGAGGCACCGGGGCGGCUCGGGCCUCUCUCCCCGGCUGCUUCGCCCUUCGCCCUGCCCUGCACUGCCCGCCCGGCUCCGCGGGCCUGGCCGGCUUUCCCCGAGCGCCGCCGCGCCCCGCCGGACUGGCCGCCCUGGCGGGCGCUGGCUCCCUCAAAGGCCGCCGGGCUCGCGCGGCUCCGCUCGCCUCGGCGCUGGCAGGGAAGGGGCCGGCCCCGCGCGCCGGGAGGGAGCUUUUAAAGCGACACACACGCCUCCCAGCACCCGGAGCGCGGCGCGCGAGCCGGGGGGUCUCGCCACCCCAGGGAGCCGGAAGGACAGAGCGCUGGCGGGGCUGGAGGAGGGCUAGCCAGGCCGCCGCCCGCUGCCCGGAGCGCACAGAGGCCCGCACUUGACUCUUAAGUUCCCUCACCUCCCUUUCACACAAUCCCUUGGCCCUCUUUCCCCCACUGCGGUGCACCCUGGGCUUCCCCUUCUGGCUCUUUCCUUCCUCUGCCAUCAUACUUCAAACUGCCCCAAAUCUUAUGUCAGUUCAGUAAAUAGAAUCCAACCAACCUUUACUGAACACCUAUUGUGUGGCACGCUCAAGCUGAGGGAAGGGAUGGGCCUUCAGUGGGCCUUGUCCCCUGCUAGCUCUGUUGAGGAAGAAAAGUAACCCACGAGGACAUUCUUGAGCAAACUGAAGGGUGGUGCAUGCAGA